AUGGAACACUUAUUCUACCAUGAUAAAGCCGACAGAAAGGAUUUUGGUUCGGUCGAGCCGACAACGGAAUGGUUACGCUUUCACCACCAUGAGUCUGUACCUCUUACCAAUUUCCAUGACUAUCCUUCAGCGAGGGGCUGGGACAUGGAUCGCGUAUGGCGCGGCGAUUUGGGUGCCGCCCAUCCUUCGUUGAACGGGCUGAGUAGUAGCGAAAUCUCCAGCUCGGUGGCAGCUCUCCUUCAAAGCUGGCUAUACCUUGGACUCCUGGAAGCUGCUUUACAGAAGCGUGUACCCGUGAAAAGUUUUACAAUAGAAAACACAGUUGUUCAGACCCUUCCAAACAAAAGCAGUGGAAUCGGAGUGUUGUCGAUGCCCUGGUCGAAGCCCACAGCUGGGUCGCCCGCCUCAGCCGCUUCCAAAGACAGACUGAGGACUGUCGUGUCACUGGGGGGCUCCAGGCGAGAUAUCCCGAGUUCGGCGACCAGAAUCUUCCGUUCCUGUCAUGCCGACGUUUCUCCCGCGCUCACAUGGAAGUGCCCUGAUGGAGCCGCUGGAGCACGAAGACAUCGUCUGCAGUCUCGCCAUUGGUGCCCAUUCACAAUUAGCAUGCUCGAAGCCACCACCUGCCAGUCUGUGAUGGAUUGGAUCGAUUCCACGCAGAAGGAGUAUCCUUCGCCACACCACGCUUCCUGUACCGAGAGUGCUUGCUCCCGCAACAACCUAAAUACCAGUGCAUACAAGACCGAGCAUGUCAACCCGCAGUGUGUGUGCGCGUUUAUUGCCCCGUCCUUGGACGAUAUGAUUCCGAUAUUUCAGCAGGAUGGCACCCCAGUCAUCCGUGUGGUACACAACGGCGUUGAAACCCGUUUGGAGGUAUCUGCAAGUUCGCCUCGCAAUCCAUAUGUCGCAUUCUCGCAUGUUUGGGUCGAUGGGUUGGGGAGUGUUAGCGAGAAGGGGAUACCGACAUGUCAGGCACUGCGCCUCUCCGCUUUGGCCGAGGAGGCGUUGGGGCCUGGAGCGGCACUGUGGAUCGAUUCCUUGUGCAUUCCGGAAACGUACGUGUGGCGUAAGCGCGCCACAACUGCCCUCAACCGAACGUAUCGUGAGGCAACUGCUGUGGUGGUCGUUGAUCAGACAAUCAGGAAAAGUCAGAGGGGAAUUGACGCGGAGGAUUUCUUGUUGGCAAUUUAUACAUCCGCGUGGUGUCAGAGGCUGUGGACUUAUCUGGAGAGCAUUCUAGCGCAGAGUAUCUUCUUCGAAGUUUCUGAAGGCUUAAUGCGAUUCCCAAUUUCUUCCAGUAAGUUUCCCAAGACAGUACGGGUGAUCUGGGAAGCAUUGGCGAAGGAGAUAUUCCGCCUUCGAAACCCCGACGGCCUAAAGCUGAACCUUGGGCAUAUAGCACGGGCCUUGGCUUGGAGGAGCACCACCAAGUGCGACGCUGAGACAAUUGCACUGGGCACGGUUCUAGGUAUAGAUGUCAGGCGGCUUCUCAAGGUCAACGCUGAGGUCAGGAAGAUGAUGUUCUUCAAACUGGUGAAACGCCUUCCAUACAAUAUCAUCUUCCUUAGUGGCCCCAAACUGUCCUUGCGCCCUUUCCGGUGGGCACCAUUUACCUUGAUGUCACAAGUAGGGAUACGCUUAGAUGCAGACGAUGGAUCCCAAACUUCUCUGUGUACCGCAAACGGCUUGGUUGGGAAUUACUUGGUUCUCAGGCUAUCAAGGUCGAUGACGAAGUGUCCUGUAACUAGGAAAUGGUACGCAUUUGAUUCGAGUAGUGACGCAACAUACAUCCUCACCGCUCCGUCUUACGGCUGGUCAUCAGAGCCGGACAGCUGCCCAUUUGAUCACAUAGCAAUCGAUUCGGAAUUCAAAGAGGUUCCGUCUUUCAAUAGGGUGACAAGUGCUGUUGCGCUCAUGGGGAAGAGGAAGUGUUCUAUUCCAGAUGUUACUGUCUGCAAUUAUGUUGGUCCAAUGUUUCUUGAGUGCGUGAGGGGUAACAUCAGGUCCAUUGGGGCUGUGCUUUGCAACACACAAGCAUUAGACCUAUGUAUCCAGUAG